UUCGGAUUUUCUCAUCUUUCUAUCUCGGUGUUCUUUAUUCUUUCACAUUAUUAUUAUUAUUACUCAAAAAUCCAAUUACAUUAUUGUUUCAACGCGUGCUUUAAACGCCUACUGUAGUGAGUACUGGCUACUAGUGUCUACAACAACUACUACAUACAAAACACAAACGCAAAAACCCUUUUUGACUUCAGCGUUAAACCCUAACAAUAGUUUUACAAUCGCAGACGAUCAGAUAUGUAUCAUCUCUGUGCUCCUACUCACUAUGUCUCCUUCAAACUACUUCAACCACCACUAAGUGCUCCAAAGUUUCAGAGGGAAUUCAAAAUACUCGCCACUGCUAAUGACGCCUCCAACGCCAAUUACAUUCCUAAGGCUCCCAUUUUUCUCCCCCAAGGCCCAUGGAACCAGAUUCCUGGGGGAGUCACUGCUGCCGAGGGAUUCAAAGCUGCCGGUAUGUAUGGCGGUUUGCGUGCUAAAGGCGAGAAACCUGAUCUUGCACUUGUCACUUGUGAUGUCGACGCCAUAUCUGCAGGGGCGUUUACUACGAAUGUGGUUGCUGCUGCACCAGUGUUGUAUUGCAAGAAGGCGUUGGACAUUUCAAAAACGGCACGUGCAGUGUUAAUAAAUGCUGGCCAAGCCAAUGCAGCAACGGGUGAUGCAGGAUAUCAGGACGCGAUAGAAUGUGCCAAUGCGCUUGCUGAGCUACUUCAAAUGAGACCGGAGGAAGUGUUUAUUGAAUCCACAGGCGUUAUUGGUCAUAGAAUAAAGAAGGAAGCACUUUUAAAUUCACUUCCAAAACUAGUUGCUUCACUGUCAUCAUCAACUGAGGGGGCAGAUUCUGCAGCAGUGGCAAUCACGACGACUGACCUUGUUAGUAAGAGCAUAGCAGUUGAGUCUCAGGUUGGAGGGAGAACAGUAAGAGUUGGGGGAAUGGCAAAAGGUUCUGGGAUGAUCCACCCAAAUAUGGCUACCCUGCUUGGUGUAAUAACAACUGAUGCCCUGGUCACAAGUGAUGCUUGGAGAAAGAUGGUGCAGAUUGCUGUAAACAGAAGUUUCAAUCAAAUAACUGUAGAUGGAGAUACUAGUACCAAUGAUACUGUUAUUGCGUUGGCUAGUGGCUUAUCUGGAUCAACCAGGAUAGCUUCAAUAGACAGUUAUGAGGCAUUGGAACUCCAAGCAUGCCUUGAUGCAGUAAUGCAAGGUCUUGCCAAAGCAAUAGCAUGGGAUGGAGAAGGAGCAACAUGCCUAAUAGAGGUGUCUGUGACAGGUGCAGGCAGUGAGGUUGAAGCAGCAAAGAUUGCACGCUCGGUGGCAUCUUCUUCACUUGUUAAGGCUGCUGUAUACGGCAGAGAUCCAAAUUGGGGGCGCAUUGCUGCUGCUGCAGGUUAUGCAGGGAUUUCUUUCCACCAAAACAAGCUUCGAGUAUUGCUAGGGGACAUUUUGCUCAUGGAUGCUGGCGAACCACAACCGUUUGACCGAGCUGCAGCAAGUAACUAUCUGAGGAAGGCUGGUGAAACCCACAGUACAGUUGAAAUUCUUGUAUCAGUUGGUGAUGGCUUGGGAAGCGGGCAAGCAUGGGGAUGCGAUUUAAGUUAUGAUUAUGUCAAAAUAAACGCAGAAUACACAACAUAGGAGAAUUUGCGUUGUGUCAUCUCAUAUUUCUUCUCACUUCACAGGAUUUUCAAACAAUAAAGCCCACUUAUCACAUUUUUCUUGGUUUAAUAUUUUAUCAUUGUUGUAUCUUGUGUGUUUUUCAAUGAAGAUCUGCCUACGCAAAGCAUUUUUCUGCAA